AUGUCUGAUGGAUUAAGAGAACAGCUACACGCUGAACGAGUCGAUACAGAUAUAUUUAAAGCGAUUGUUAGCAUGUUAUUUCAUUUUGAUGUAUUACCAUCAACUGAUAUACCAGUUUUAAUUUGUUGGUUUGUUGGUCCAGCCGCAAUUAUGAUAGAAAAUCUAAGUGAAAAAUUAGUUGGGCAAAUUUGUCAUGAAGUUCUCUGCAAUUGUUUGAAUAUUGCUCAAGAAAAAUAUCAACCAGUUCGAAUACUUAAAAGCGAAUGGCAUAAUAAUAAAUAUAUUCGAGGAUCUUAUUCGUAUUCGUCGAUUAAAUCAAAUAAACACGAUCGAAGACAAUUGCGAGCAUCGUAUGCACCAGAUGGGAUUCGAAGAAUUCUGUUUGCUGGUGAAGCAACACAUGAACACUACUAUUCUACUGUGAACGCUGCAUUUGAAACUGGUAUUCAAGCUGCAAAUAAGAUUUUAUCAACUAUUGAUUAA